AAUUGUACCAAACAAUAUUGCAUAAACUCUCAAAAUAAAAUAAGUGCUAAACAGUUUAUAUAAGCUGCAUCAAUCAGCAUCUUUGUCUUACUCUCUGACCUUAAUUAGCUCCACAUGACAUCCUAUAAAGCAGACACUCUCAACCAGGAAGACACAGCCAGCCAGCCAGCCAGCCAGCCCCAACUCAAACAGACACCAUUCCACACCUAAGACCAUUUCCAAUCAGCUAAUCAAUCAUCCUCCAAAUCAUCUACAUCCAUUUCCAGAGCCCUAACUCGAUAAGCAUGAGGAUGAUCAUCAUCAUGCUCAGCUAAAACUCAAAGACACCUUUUCACAUUUACUUCUCUUCGGCAGGGUCUUGAUUCAGAGCACUUGUUUCCAGCCCAGCUUAGAGUAAUGACGAAUACGAAUAAUAUCAUAGAGAGGUUCAACUCUCUUUUUCACGAUGUUGCGAAAAUUUGGAAUGCGUGGAACAUCCAGCUCUUUGUUCUGCUGAGUUUGUCUCUGCAGGUGUGUCUAGUCUUGAUUGCAUCCUACAGAAAACGCGCAGCUAAGAAAUGGGUAGUGACAUUCAUCUCUUUAGCUUAUUUUUUGGCAGACUGGGCCACUCCUUAUGCUCUUGGACUCAUCUCCAACAGACAACGAAUCAAUAUUGGUACUGCCCAUAAUCUUUAUGCAUUUUGGGCUCCCUUUCUGUUGUUUCACCUCAGUGGCCCUGAUAACAUCUCAUCUAUUUCCCUCGACGAGAAUGAGGUGUCGCUUAAGCAGUGGGUUCAGGUCGUCGCACAAUUUGUGGCAAUUCUUUUUAUUCUCCAACGAGCUUCUCGGUCCUUCCCCUUCAUAAUUCAGCCCGCAAUCCUGGUGUUUCUUGCAGGAUUAUUGAAGUAUGCAGAGCGUAUAUGGGCUCGGCAUUUGGCAAGCCCUAAUAAUUGGAUAAAUUCCAUACAACAAAUGGAGCGAAACCCCAGGCCUGACUAUGAAAAACUCUCAGUGGCUUACAUGGAAAUGAGAGAGGCACACCUGCCCGUGGAAGUGCAGAGUCUCCAAAUACCUCCAAAGAAAUUCAAGGCUUCUUUUGAAUCUGAUCAUCUGCCCAACGUAGGUCAUGAGGAGGCAGGACAUCUGGAUGACAAGUCAUUGCUGAAAUUUGCUCAUUUCUUCUAUAAAACCUUCAAGGGAUUCAUGGGAGGCACUAGUUUCAACCUCGAGCAGCGCCAAAUCAGUCGCAACUUCUUUCUCAAAAUAAGUGAGCGUGAUGCUUUUAAAAUAUUAGAAAUGGAGCUUAGCAUCGUACAUGACGCUCUCCAUACUAAGGCUGUUGUAGCUCGAAGAAAGAUUGGAUCCGUCCUCCGAGUGAUCAGUGCUUGUUCAAUCGUCGUAGCGUCUUUCUUAUUCUUUCUAUAUGACAAGAGCGGGUUUUUAAAGGUUGAUGUCAUCUUCACCUACGUCUUAAUCCUUGGGACUAUAGUCCUCGAAAUCUUGUCCUUUUUAAUGCUUCUCUUGUCAGACUGGUAUCUAAUUGCGCAUAAGCACUAUAAUUGGAAAGAACGUAUUGCUACUGCUAUUGUCAACAGGCACAGGUGGUCAGAAUUUGUCUCAAAAUUCAAUAUCGUAAGCUAUUGUCUUCAUAAACAUCCAAGAGUAAAUAGAAAAAUACCCGGUGCUCAGCUCAUUAUGAAUCUUCUAGCGGCCUCGAGAAUCAGACAAACAACGACCACAUACGUCGCCCCCAAAUCUGUAAGGUAUAAGAUUUUUGAAGAGAUGAAAAAAAAAUCAGAAGUCGCAGAAAAUGUAGAAACUGCCACAAUGAUAUGUUCACAAAGAGGUGAUUGGGCGCUCAUGCAAAGCUCUUGCUACAAUCAAUUCAAAUGGAGCCUCGGAGAGAUUGAAUAUGGGAAGAGCCUCGUGCUAUGGCACAUCGCUGCUGAUCUCUGCUUUUAUGUGUGCAGAUCGUCCCAUGAUAAUCCUGACGAUGUACAUGAACGUGGAUUCUGUAAGACUAUUUCAGACUACAUGUUAUAUCUUCUUGUGAUGAAGCCUACAAUGAUGGUUCCGGUGGCUGGCCAUUGUCCACAAAUAACUCAAGACACCACGGCAGAAGCUAAGAGAUUACUUAGCACGAGAUCAGUAAGGGACCACGGGGAAGCCUGCCUCACGAUCUUUUCUGUGGCUACUGAAUUUCGACGUGCUGUCCUAAGAACGGAUGCAAGCAACUCUGUGUUGUUCGAUGCGUGUAGGCUUGCAAGGCAACUAAUGGAGAGAGAAGAGCCAUGGAAGCUGAUGAGCAAAGUGUGGGUUGACCUGUUAGGCUAUGCUGCAGUCAAUUGUGAAGCACAUGUCCAUGCGCAACAGCUAAGUCGGGGUGGAGAACUUCUUACUUUUGUUUGGUUAAUGAUGAAUCACUUGGGUUUGGGUAUGCAAUUUCGCGAUGAGCCUGCACGGACCCGAUACAAGCUUGUUGUGAAAAAGUAGGGGAAAGUUUGAGUCUUUUGUGUAUAUGAGUGUUUUCUUUUUGUUGUUUGAAAAUGUCUGAGGCAAGUUAGUUUAAAACUAGGAAAGUAAAUGCUGAAUCCUUGAUAGAUAUCAAAGAGUAAGCAUGUAAUUGUCUCCAAAGCUGCUUGUGUGUGUUCAUGUUCUUGCUUCCAAUA